AUGGUUACUGGUGUAAAGAGAUGGGAGUUUGGGUUUAGAGAGCUAGGGUUUAAGCAGAAGGUGCAGGGAACUCCAUCGACUCGUCUCUCGGAAGAAGAUGACAAGCAUACCCGCCAUGAACGUACCUCUGGUGAUCCCUGCAUGUCUAAAUAUUGCUGGGAACUGCUCCUAACCACCAAAGCUAGCCGCGGAAGCAAUGGAAAUGGCAGUAACAGCUCCGACAUUGAUCCUCUCUUAGCUCGCCGUUGUGCCAACUUCGGCACCAGUUCUACACGACUUUGGAAGAACAGACCAAGAGGUCCAAAGUCACUUUGCAAUGCCUGUGGAAUUCGAUUCAAGAAAGAAGAAAGAAGGGCUAGUGCAGCAAACGCCAUUAAUUCCUUACCUUUCUUGGAGACUCAACGUCACAGAUAGGGCAACAAGCUUUGUCCAUGACUUUAUAAGAUAAAAGAAAAAAUCAAUGAAUGAAUGAAGAAGAAGAAGAAGCAGAAAGAAAGAAACUUCUGUUCCCAUUAACUGUCGAUAUCAUGCAAU